UAUAUAUAUACACACUGAUUCUGUGUGGGUUCAAACAUUUCGAAGAUUCAGUAUCCUGAAAGGUGUCGCCUUUUUCCAGUCCUUCUGAGAGUUCCAGUUUGGCUUGAAGUCUGAAGGCAUCAGCCACCUUCAACCCUUCCAGCGUCUGUCCCAGCGCAGGAAUGCUCUCAGUAUUGGUCACCGUGGGCUUUCUCUGCACAGCCACUGCCAUUGCCGAAGUGAUGGAAGUGACCCAGCCAGCGAUGGUGCUGGCCAACAGACAAGGAGUUGCCAGCUUGGUCUGCAAAUACAAGCACAUUGGGAACGCAAAGGAAAUUCGAGUGACUCUGCUUAAACAGACGGGUGACCAGUUCACUGAGAUUUGUGCUUCAACCUACACCACGGAGUUUAAAAUGUUCAGCGUGGAGGAGGUCAUUCAGUGCCACGUUAGCCCUAGCCGAAACAACGUGACCCUCACUCUCACAGGCCUGCAAGCUAAUGACACCGGUCUUUACAUCUGCAAGAUGGAGCGGAUGUACCCUCCACCUUAUUUUAUGAACACAGGAAAUGGGACGCAUCUCUAUGUCAUUGAUCCAGAACCUUGUCCAGACACUGCCAUAUAUCUCUGGGUAUUAGGAGCAACUGCCUCAGGAUUCUUUCUUUAUAGUAUCAUCAUCUCAGCCAUUGUCGUGGGCAAAGCGAUACAGAGAAGACGAAGGCUCACUACCGGAGUUUAUGUGAAAAUGCCUUCUGAAAAGACAGAGAAAAAAGUGAUUCCAUUCCACAUCACCGUUAAUUGAAACAAGGAGAGAGAGAGAGAGAGAGCCCAUUUCCUAGCUGGGGUGGAGAGUCUGCUAAUUGACUUAAGCUAAAGAAAUAAAAUUAAUUUUCUUAUACAAAGGUGUAUGGGAAGGAGAGAGAAUGUUUUUGUAACUUCUAUGGUUUGGAGGAGAAUAAAUAGUUUAUGCAUUAAUAUUUCAA